AUGCUGUCGGUAACAAAGUGUCUCUACGCAUUUUUGCUGCUGGGCGUGGCUGCACCCCAGGUCGUCGUCGUCGUAGUAGCAUCACCUGUGCUUCGAUCUCCUUUCAAAGUGUCACUCACCAAGUUUGGUCAUGAUCCAACAUCGUUCCUUGCAUCUGGCAAAGUAAAGCAGACAGGUUACAAUCAUGGCAGUGGCUACUAUGGCGCCAUCAGUGUCGGAAGUCCUCCGCAAGAUUUCAAUGUUGUCUUUGAUACUGGGAGUGCUGAUUUAUGGGUGGUGUCAUCCGAAUGCAGCACACGCACCAUAUGUUUCAAACAUCGACAAUUUGAUGCUCUCAAAUCAAAAACAUACAAAGCGGUGGAUGACGAAGAUGGCGACUUUGAUGAUGAUGACGAUGAUGAAGAUGGCGACGACGACGAGGAAAAUGUUAUUAGCAGCAAUAGCAUUGAUGUGUGGUAUGGCACAGGUCAUAUCAAGGGUCGCUUAGGACAUGAUACGGUAACAGUGGCAGGUUUGACACUGAAGGAUCAAGCUGUAGCGGAUGCCACAUCCCUUUCUCGUGAGUUUAUCGGAACACCUUUUGAUGGUAUCUUUGGUCUUGGACUAGCAGGAUUAAGUUCAUCUGCUGCCAAACACAAACCACCCUUCUACACCAUGAUCGAACAAAAUCUUGUAUCAGAUCCUUUAUUUGCUAUCUAUACGCGUGCCAACGAUGGUGAAAUUGACUUUGGUGGCAUAGACGCUAAGCGAUUCAAGGGUGCGUUACAUUACACGGAUGUCAUUGAUACUAAAUAUUGGAUGGUGGAUAUGCCUUCUUGGCAAAUGGGUGAUGUGCUCAGUGACAAUGGUGGUCGGCGAGUGAUCAUUGAUAGUGGCACGACGCUGAUCAUUGCUACCCCUGAUGAUGCUGCUGCUAUUCACAGCACGAUCCCUGGUGCACUGAACAAUGGGGAUGGCACUUGGUCUGUGCCUUGUGGCAAAUUGGACGCUUUACAACCACUCAUAUUGUCCAUGGGUGAGGGCUGGGCUCUUCGCAUUCAUCCAAAAGAUUACAUCUUACAGCCCAUGGGUCAUGCAUCCUCCAUGUGCCUUUCUGGUAUCUCGGGUCAAGUGCUUAGUGAUGAGCAUGAGACAUGGAUUCUCGGUGAUGUCUUUUUACGGCAAUUUUAUACAGUGUUUGAUGUGGGGAAUAAGCGAGUCGGAUUUGCCGAAGCUGUUCUCUAA